GUAUAAAUAUCUGGUAUUUUCAUUCUUAUCCAAUAUAAUUGGAAGUUGCAUUCUUAGAAAACCAUGACAGGGAGUAAUGGAGGUUUGAUGAAAAGGCAUAGAAAUGGAAGUAGCAAUCGAUUAUCUGAAUCCGAAGAUAACCCUCAUCACCAUCAUCAAAAACCAUUUAAUUUUCAUCGAAAUCCAUCAUCAUCUUCAACUUAUAGAUUUGACGAUUCUGUAACUGCUGAUGUCAUCCUCUCCGUUAACCUAGAAUCAAUCCCCUUUGAUGGAGAUGAACCGUCUGUUGUUGAUAAUCAAGAGAGUGUUAAGCUUUAUCUUCACUCAAAUGUUCUUCGGAGAUCCAAAUACUUUUCGGCAUUGUUAUCGGAUCGAUGGCAUGAAGGUUUGAUUAAUAAUUCUAGGGUUUUCAAUCUGAAUCUAAAAGUUCAAGCUUCGAUGGGUACUGUUGAUGUUCAUUUAACUGUUUUGAAACUGCUCUAUGCAAAUGAUUUCGCUAACGAAAUCAAUUCCGUGAGUGCUGUUUUAUCGAUUCUUCCUGUGGCGUUGGAAUUGCUGUUCGAGGAUCUUGUUAGAUUUUGUGUUAACUUUCUUGAAGCAGUUCCAUGGACUGAAGAGGAGGAGCUUAGGGUUUUGAAUCUGAUUCCUUUUUUGAGGCAAGAGGAAUCAAAUGAGCUUUUGUCCAGGCUUUCUCAUGGGGGAAAGGAUAGUGACGCAGAUGAAAUGCUUCAUGGUUUGAUUCUUGCAGCAAUUCAUAAUCAUCCUAAUGCGGUUUCUCCAAAAACUUUUGUAGCGAAACUGUUGAGGGAGUUUUCCUCUAGGGAUUCCGUGAAAAGGGCAUUAGAUAAGGCAUUUGAGAUUCAUUUGAAAGUGGUGAAGGAUUCUUUAGAAGAGUAUUCGAGUCCAAAUUUUAGAGGUGAUCAUAAUGAGACUGAAGCAAUACAAAGGUUGAAUCUGCAUACGGCCUUAACUAAUGGGAAAUAUUUGUUAUGGUUGGUUGAGAGGAUGAUUGAAUUGAAAGUUGCAGAUUUGGCUGUAAAGGAAUGGAGUGAACAAGCUUCAUUUACUGCGAAUUUACAAAGGGCUUUUAGGGAGGACGCGUGGAGAAAUAUUGUGCCUGGCUUUCCUGCUGUUAUUCUUCGCUGCACAUGCAAGCUUGCCAGUGCGGUUGCUGCCGGUUCGAUUUUGGCUGCUAGACAGGUUCGUCUGAAAUUGGUAAAGGAUUGGCUGCCAGUGUUGAUUGUAUGCAAAGAAAAUGCAUCUCAGAGUCCUCUGAGUCACAAAACGCUGUAUCAGGAAUUGGAAGAAACACUCUUGAAGAUUAUAUCCACAUUGCCUUUGUCAGAUUCCCAGGAUUUGCUACAGAAGUGCCUCAGUUUCUCUACCCGCAAUGUUGAGGACUGCCCUCACUUGGUAUCAGCCUUCAACACCUGGUUUCGACGUGCAACUCAUCCACCACCAGAUUGCGGAAAGCUCAACUGAGUAAGAAAACAAAGAGGACUUAAGAGGCCUUUGACUGGUAAACUUGGUAAAUAGCACCCACUGCUUCUUAAAUCGUCUCUUAAAAGGGUUCUUUAAAGUUGAAGAAAACUAACCAGUAGCAGCACAUUGUGAAUAUCUAAUAUUACGAUGACUAUACUAAUAAUAGAGCUACUACUACCACCAUGUUACCUUGAUGUAAAAAGGUAAAGUUUUUACAGACAAAGUAAAUUUGGCUGUCUCGUUGAAACUUGACUGUCUUUUAUGGAUGCAUCUUCUAUGAAAUAGAAUUGAACAUGUGUUUAAGUUGUGAA